AAGUCCCUUUUGUAGAUCCAUAGAGAGCAUUCAGCACUUGAAACUCAAAAAGGGCUUCACUAGGUAGAUAUAUCAUCAUGGUGCAAUUAAGUGUUCAUGACUUAUCUUUCAUGUUUGGACUUCUUGGUAAUAUCGUGUCAUUCAUAGUGUUCUUAGCACCAGUUGCAGGACUAUUGCUAUAUUAUGUUUAUCUCAAGAAGAAUGCCUACCUUAUCGUCAGCAUUAAUGGCUUUGGAUGUGUCAUUGAAUUAGCUUCCAAGUCUCAGAUUUUCACGGGGUGGCUGAUGUUGUUGAUAGUGGGAGCCCUAGGAAUGGUAAUGUUAUUUUCUUAUGUAUUUGCAAAAUGCUCAGAAAGAGUGAUGAUAGUGGGAUGGAUUUGUGCUGUUAUCCACGUUGCGGUCUUUGCUGCUCCUUUAAGCAUCAUGGUCUCAUUAAUUACUCUCUAGUAUUUAUUUCAUACUGUAAUUUAUCCCUUUAUAUUUAUAUAUAUGCUUUAGUUACUUCCUUAGCUCUUAUAAAUGUGUGUUGCAUAGGCAAGUAAUAAGAACAAAGAGUGUAGAGUUUAUGCCCUUCACUUUAUCAUUGUUCCUCACUCUCUGCGCUACAAUGUGGUUUUUCUAUGGGUUUUUCAAGGACUUCUACAUUGAAGUAAGUCAUCAAUAAAUUCAUACAAUUUACUCCCUCUGUUUAAUGAAGAAUAACUUUUUUCAGAUACAAUAUGUACCAAUGAUCGGGUGCGGUUCAGUGAAAUCGGUGGUCUAGAGCAAAAUCUUAAUAAGAGAUCUCAAAUAUAUUUAACAAAACUAG